UAUAUAUUUGCUCCAUCGUGCCCUGCGCUUCCCCAGUCGCCAGUAUGGCGGCAUCAUGAAUCUGCUCAAACGCUCAAUCCCGAGCACAAUAGCCUCGACCAAAGGAGCGCCACCUGUCCCAGUAGACGUCAGCAACAAGGACAGCAACAUGGCCGGUUCCGGCUUUCUCAACUUCACAAAGACCGUCCUCAUACCAGUCUUCAUAGCCGCAGUCCUUUAUCUCGUCAUAUUCCACGCCCUCCUACCUCUGUACCGGAGACACCGAGCCCGCUAUUCACAGUACCUUCCCCUCCAAUCAACUUCUCUAUCUUCACAUCUACCCGAAGCCCUUCAACCCUCGUCUCUCCGCGAUCGUCUUUCGACGGUAUUCCUUCGCCUCUUUCUGCCCUCGACAUGGGCUUUCCGCAACCGCUUCAACCGUCGCGAUAGCGUGGUUAGCGCAGACGGCGAGCUGUUCGACGUCGAGUCUGGGGAAGCAAUGGUCGGCUUUGACGUCCAAGACCGUGAUCGACGGAGAGAUGGCAUGGAACGUCAGAUGUCCAAUAUGGUAGCAGCGACACGCACUGCGAAUCAGGUCCAAGACGCAGCUAUGGACUCUGACCGACGGUUGAGUCGGGAUCUAGAGGAAGGGUUUCGUGAUGAUAGCGAGGACGAGAGAGUUACGCAUCAGGUCUUGAGUGGGGGAAGGAACACACCCGCUCGGAGAUGAGGACGCCUCGAACAGAUGCAAAACAUGAAAUGAUACCAUCUGAAUAAAUACAGUCGGAUUUUGCUCCCAGGUAUAUCUAUUGUCUCAACUACUACUUUUGUUCGUGUCCUGAUGCGCCCUGUUCGCGCUUCUCCGUGGACUGGAAAUUCACAUGAAGAGCACCUCAAUGAUACUGGAUUUCUCGCCAGCACUCUUCCGUAAGUCAC